CAGAUGAAGAUAAAGAAAUGUUACAGAAUCAUUUGGAUGAAAUUGGAUCUGAGGUACUAAGAAUUCAGUUGGAUGAAUCCAUUCUCAAAAGUCAAAGGAAGUCAGCAGAUGCUACAACCAAUGUUUUUUCUAAACAACUUCCAACCACAACUUCAAAAGCUGAAUUUGGAUCACCAUAUGACAGUUUUGAAAAUACUGGAGAAAAUGUGGAGACUUUACAAGAAGUAGGAAACCCCAGAAGUGAACUCCCACUGUCUGAAGAAGAAGCAGAACAUUCAGAUAAAGAAGUAACGGAAGAACUUGCAAAGCCAACUCAGCAUAGUGAUACUUCAUCUAGAACUACUGGUGAGAAGAGGAGAAGAACUUCAGACGGAGAAGGAGGUUCAAGAAGCAAAAUCCCUACAACUGAAUUAGAAGACAUUCAACAAGAAGAUGAACUAAGUCUAUAUGGUGAUACUUCAUCUAGAACUACUGGUGAGAAGAGGAGAAGAACUUCAGAUGGAGAAGGAGGUUCAAGAAGCAAAAUCCCUACAACUGAAUUAGAAGACAUUCAACAAGAAGAUGAACUAAGUCUAUAUGCUUUGCCGCAAAUUGAAAAUGUUUCAUCUCAAAGAAGUGGAUCCGACAUUCUUUUGACUUGGAAUGCAGUAUCUGACAGAAACGUUCUAUACAACAUAGAAAUCUUCUGUGAUGAUGAAAAACAUGGAGAGACUCACACUACAGAAGUUCCUCAGUAUAGGAUGAAGUCACCUACACUUGGUAAAACAUAUCGUUUCCAAGUCUGGGCCAAGGAUGAAUGGGGAAACUCUGGCAUCAAAACGCAGUCAAAGAAUGUUAUAAAAGCUUUGCCGCAAAUUGAAAAUGUUUCAUCUCAAAGAAGUGGAUCCGACAUUCUUUUGACUUGGAAUGCAGUAUCUGACAGAAACGUUCUAUACAACAUAGAAAUCUUCUGUGAUGAUGUGAAACUUGGAGAGACUCACACUACAGAGAUUUCGCAGUAUAGAAUGAAGUCACCUACAAGUGGUAAAACAUAUCGUUUCCAAGUCUGGGCCAAGGAUGAAUUGGGAAACUCUGGCAUCAAAACGCAGUCAAAGAAUGUUAUAAAAGCUUUGCCGCAAAUUGAAAAUGUUUCAUCUCAAAGAAGUGGAUCCGACAUUCUUUUGACUUGGAAUGCAGUAUCUGACAGAAACGUUCUAUACAACAUAGAAAUCUUCUGUGAUGAUGUGAAACUUGGAGAGACUCACACUACAGAGAUUUCUCAGUAUAGAAUGAAGUCACCUACAAUUGGUAAAACAUAUCGUUUCCAAGUCUGGGCCAAGGAUGAAUGGGGAAACUCUGGCAUCAAAACGCAGUCAAAGAAUGUUAUAAAAGUCGAAAACAUUCAAGUUGAAGGGGAUACAAUAAACAUUACCGAAUGCAAAGUGACUUUUCCGGAUGGAACAUUCAGUGAACCAACAAAGGUCUGGAUGUCAGUUGGAUUGGACAAUUUAAUAUGCCCCAAAGAAUACGUCGCAAUCACACCAUCUCUUGACAUCAGUGCAGAAUCAACAUUACGCAAAAGCGCAAUAGUACAAAUGAAGUCAUGGCGUGUCGACCUUAAGAUGGAGGACGUUGACAUACUUCACUUUACUAAUGACACUGACUGGAACAUUAUUAAACCUGAUUUAGUCACGCAUGAUGGAACUAUAGAAUUCCGCUGUCAAGAGUUCAGUCCAGUAAUUGGCACUAUUGGACGAUUCUUUUAUAAUCCCCCAGUUGUCAAAGACAACUUUUUUUAUCUCUUCGGCAACAACUGUGUUUACUUUACAUUUUUCAGUCGCAAUUCGACCAAUGAAGGUAAUGUUAAAGCGUAUUAUGAGGGACUAGGAGCACGACUUAUCCCAGCAAGAUUUAACCAGUUAGUUCUAAGACAUGGUGACACAAUUCAUGUCAAACUACGAGUUGAAGGAAACACUGAAAACUUUUGGUUCAAUGAACCCAAUGAAUAUAGGGUUUCUGUAGAUGGUGACUUUUUAAGGAUGGACAGACAUGACUUUGAAUUUGAACUUCUUCCUGAAUUGCAGAAAUAUCCUCAAAUUGUCAUAGAAUGUGCAAUGAAGAAGACUUCAUUGCACAGAGAGAUAAAAAAAUUCAAGUUCCCACUGCGUUCACCAAGAGAAAAUAAAAUCCGUCAUACUGAACUUACAUUAGCUGACAUUAAAGACUUUUGCGGCCUUGUGAAAAAGAUUGAUGUGAUUCCUUGUGAGAGAAAUGAUUACGAGAGAAGUCUCACAGAUAAGUUUAUCUACAAUAUUACUAAACCAAAAGGCUUGGCUUUGAUUUUAAACAACACUUUUAAAGGCACCAUGUAUGAGCGAAAAGGGGCUGAGAUAGAUGUGAAAAACAUGACAACUCUUUGGCAGAAAUUUGGAUGCGAAUUAUAUGGAAAUAAAAUUUUCCCCAAACCUUGGGAAAGUGAUAAAACUGGAAAAGAAAUGUGCGAUUUGCUUCGUGAAGUGAGUAAAGUUACGACAAAGUAUAGUUUCAUUGUGAUAGUGGUCAUGACUCACGGCGGGAUCCUCGAUGAAAAACUGGUUUUUAAUGGCAGUGAUCAUAAAUGUGUGGAAGUUAAAGAAAUCGAGAAAAUGUUCUUCAACAUCGAGAAUGUAAACUUGCGCAACAUUCCAAAGUUUUUCAUUUUUCAAUUUUGCCGGGGACCAAAAAAAGAUAAAGGCACUAUUGCAGCUGAUGAUAAAAUGAUAGAAACUCGCAUGGAAAUCUUCAGAAAAGCUAGCGUUCAAAUAGAUGGCGCUGAAAAUUUGCCAUCCUCUUCUGAUAUUUUUGUUGCAUAUCCUACACAUGAAGAAUAUGUUUCUUUUCGAGAUAUCGAAAACGGCUCCUGGUUCAUUAAUGCAAUAACAAAUGUCUUCAUGCGUCAAGCAGCAGAGCACCAUGUCGCUGAAAUGCUGACAACUGUAAAUCAAGCGAUGAAACAAAAAACAGCAUUAUACAGUGAAAAAGAUAAGGCUGGCAAUGUCAUUCUUAAUUAUGAAGUGAAAGCGAUGAGUCAGCAGAAAACUAGCCUAUCAAAACAUUUCUAUCUCUUUCCAGGAUUUCCAGAGUAACUAGACAACUUGUUCCACAAUUCUCUGCUUUGAUCCUAAAAACGUAAUUUAUAAUAUGCAAAAUGUUGUUAAUUAUGAAAUGUAUUGUCAUACUUAUUUUUAUUUACUAUAUGAGAAUAAACAAGCUUCAAACUUAUUAGUGAGGUACUAAUUAAUUACUUAUUAAUAUACUUUAUAGCUCUUGACACAUAAUACCAGGCUCUGAGUCUACUCCGUGUUGAGAAAACUUUUGUCUUUGCCUUUAGCCAGCCCCUAAUUCUGCUUAGAGAUUUUCACAAUCACAAUUUCACAGACCUAAUGAUUCUUAUUAUUUUGUUUAAUAAAAUUUCUGCUUGAUUAACUUCAUAUAACUACUAGAGAAUUUUUAAAUUUUUAUGUACCGUAAGUCAGUGAAUUGUUUUUGGGGGUGCUCCCGCACUAUGUAAACCAAGAUGGCGAACACGGAAACGACGUAUGCGUACCAGGUUAGGUUAGGCCAUGGUUUCAGGUACUAAUAUUAUGCGAGUCACUCGGCUAAUCCUCUAACUCGUAAUGGAACAAAAAUAAGGAAAAUUGAAAUAAAAUUAUGGCCUAACCCUAACCUGGUACACAUCGGACACCGGAACGUAGUAUCUAGUAUGUGUACCAGGUUAGGGUUAGGAAAUAUUAUCAAUUACUACUCUAUUGAAAUCAAAUUGUUAAAUCUUUUUUGUGGUAGCACAAGUGUGAAACAUCAUUAAAGAUUUCAAGGGCUGACCCAAAAUGAUAGAUAUUGAUGAUGAUAAGUUUGAAAUUUCAUUGAGAAUCUUAGAACAUUCUAUCUUGAAAAUAUGGCAUGAUGUGAGGGCAUAAUUAAAAUUUCAUAAAUUGAUAAAUUAGAUUUCAAAAUUUGAUUCCCUCCAAUGAACGUUUGAGCCAUACAUAUUGAUUAUACAAAUUGUAUGUCCAUUCAAGCUUGAUGCAGAUUUAACCAAAUUGUUUGAUACUAUUAAUAUACAGUACAAUUUUAUUUUGAUCUUUCGUAUACAACCUGACAAACACAGAACGCAAGAUAAAAGACACAGAAGACAGAACAGGGCGACGAGAAAAUG